AUGCCUCGCCCCCUCGGAGUCUUCGCCAGCAUCGACGCCGGCCUCGGCGUGCACCUGGAUGUCGCCCACGAACUCGGCGUCCCCACGGUCCACCUCCACACGCCGCACAAGGCGUCGCGGACCGAGGCGAACGCCGCGGCGUUCCGCGCUCGCUUGCAAGAGCUGGGCAUCAAGAUCUCCGUCGUCUUCGCCGGUUUUGAUGGUGAGUCCUACGCCGACAUCCCGACGACACAGCGCACCAUCGGGCUAGCACCGGCUGAGACGCGCGCCGAGCGGCUGGCUGAGCUAAAAGAGAUCGCCGACUUCGCCCGGCUCCUCUCGUCGCCCGAGACGAGCUACACGGGCGGACCGAUCCCCGUGGGCCUGCACGUCGGCUUCGUGCCGCACGACGCUGCGAGCAAGGAGUUCGCCGAGGUGGUGGCCGCGACGCAGGCGAUCUGCGACCACUGCUUGCCCCACGGACAAGCGGUCCACUUGGAGACCGGGCAAGAGGCCGCUGGCGUGCUGCUGGAGUUCCUCGCAGCGGUGGAUCGCCAGAAUCUCGGCGUCAACUUCGACCCCGCGAACAUGAUCCUCUACGGCUGUGGCGAGCCGCUGCCGGCGCUGGAGCAGCUCGGCAGGCACGUCCGCAGCGUCCACUGCAAAGACGCCAAGUGGAGCGCUGACCCCGGCGAGACCUGGGGCGAGGAGACCGCUCUGGGCAAAGGCGACGUCAACUUCGCCGCGUUCCUCGGCGUGCUCGACGACAUCGGCUACAACGGCCCCCUGACGAUCGAGCGCGAAAUCCCCCAAGAGCCCGACCGCCAAAAAGCCGAGAUCGGCGCCGCUCUGGAACUGCUUCGCUCACUCGAUAAGUAG